AUGUCCAAGAACAACAAUGGAUCGAUGCAACUACAACAGGCCACGGUCUCUCCCAAAGGAGGGCGUAGGACCACCUCUUGGUUCCAGAGUAUUCGUGGCUUGGUCCUACUCAUGGUCUUUGGAUCCCUAGCAGUGGUGACGUUUUUCCAAAUGAAAUUCUACAAGGGUCUCUCGUGGGAAGAACUGCAAAAUCCAACCGAAUUUGAUGUGGCUGUGGACGUUGCUUCUAGUACCAAACUUGCUGCUCAAGAACGACCGCCCAAAGUGUUGGCCAGGAUUGACAAGGCAGGAGUUCACAAAAACGCGGCAGGUGAAAUUUCCACUACUACCACCGAGACUGCUGAAAUGUCUGCAGAUGAUAAUACUGAUAAUGAGGAACGAGAUGAUUCACGUGACGAAAUCCCAUCCGCUCGAGAUCGACCGCCAAUGCUGUUGGCCAAAAUUGACAAGUCAGGAGUCGUACAUCGAAAUAACUUUUCCGACACAGAGACGGAUAGUAUCGUUGACAAUCCACUGCCACCUUCGGCUCAAAAACGACGGAAAGAACCACCCACAAAAAUCGCCUACGCCUUUUUUCUAGGAGGAAUACCACCGCCUUCCAACACUUCCAUGACACUCCAACCGGCUUUGGGGCGGCGGGGAAAAGGAGGGCCCUUGACGACACCCCGAUAUGCCUAUCGAGGUCUCUUGUACAAUAUACUAGUGUCGGUCAAAAUACUACGAGAUGCUGGAUCCAAGGCGGAUUUUGUGCUCUUGGUACAAAUGACCGAGCCCGAUGUGGUUUUGCCAGAUCAAGAUGUACGACUCAUUCGUCAAAUGGGCAUCAUCCUCAAGUAUUGUCCACCACCCUACGAUGCCGUUAAUGAAAUCAGUACCAUCCCCGUCGAAAAGUUUCGAAUCUUGGAUCUGGUAGACUAUGCCCGAGUGCUGUACAUGGAUGCCGACAUUACACCCCGCUGCAAUUUGGACUACCUCAUGGAACUCAGCAUCCAGGGCGUGCUACGCGACAAUGUCAUUGUCAGCAUUGGCGAUACACCGGCGUCGUCCAAAAUAUUUGUCUUGACUCCGGGACCGGGGAAACUGUGGAAUCUGGCCAAACUCAUCCCUCCGCAUGCCAGUUCGCAAGGGAUUCGUCAUGGCUUUCGAGCCGAACGGGGAUGGGGAGAUGGACCAUAUGCUUGGCGUGCCAUUGAUCAGGGAUCCGGAAAAUACUUGAAUUUCCCCGGGGCCAAUAAUGAUCAAGGAUUGUUGUUUCAACAUACGAAACACUCUGCUCGCAGUGUAUCCAUCAUUCGAGGUAAUGUCAUUGAACACUGGUCGCCUUCUCCUCCCAUUGAAAAUUCAACCAUGGGAAGCAGAUACGAAAGCACGUUUUAUUGGUGGUCGCAAACAACAGUGGCCAGGGUGAACAAGCCAACCAACAAUACGCUAAAAGAGUUCUCUUGUUCAAGGGGAUUAGGGGACACAACAGAUCAUCAGAACCCCUGGGAAAUAUCACCUCCGGGCGUCGCACCGUAUCAAGAUAUUAUUCAAUGGGGAUCACGAAAAGGGCUCGAUUAUCCAUGGAACAGGGAAAUGGCCCCAGGAAUAGAUGCAACAUCGAGUCCCAACAAUGACUGGUUCCGUGUUUUGCGACAGUUGGAUGGUGAACUACAGAUUGGCCUGGGUUUGCACCAAAGUAAUGUGACGGUAUCCACUGGAAAAUGGAAACAUGUGCCCUCGAGGACUUCCUCGCCGUUUGAUCCCAUGUGGAGCGAGGAUGCAAAGGCACUACGGCAAUGGGCGAAUCGACUUGUGGAUACUUCUACCGUGUAUCUACCAUGGAGACCACCGGUUGUACAAGAGGUCAUGGACGAGGAUCCAACGAGUCUAAGGACCCAAUGUCAGUGUCCAAAGACCAUGCCGACGGAUCUGUGCUCCACUUCUAGCAAUGUGACCAUUGAGGAUUGGCUCAGUGAAAGAGUCCCAUAUUAUCUCUCUAAACAACGACCGCUCUGCCCGAGAGCAGCACGCCAUACAAUUCACGUGGUUCUUCCUUUCUACAAUAAACCGCUGGAGACAAUGCAACAAUCCAUUUGCUCCGUGGCAUGUCAGCACUAUCCAGUCGCAAAAGUAAUGAUCUACGCCUUCGAUUAUGGGUCGAAGCAGAACGAGGCCACUAGCAUUAAGGAUCUCAAUCUGGACAGUGGGCAUAAUAACGUGCUCGAAUUCAAACCGGCAAAGAUCAAAUUACAUGGCAAAUUUGGUGGUGUCUCAAACGAGAACGAGUUAAACGAUCACGCCAAGGAAAAGUUUCUGCAUUACAUGUCAACCUACCAAACAGCAAAGGCUGGCCCUUCCUUGGUUCGAGUGCGAUUUCGAACCCCGAUCGAUCCUGGUGGUUCGAUCUUUUGGGCUCUUCGAAUGGUCCAGAAUUACGCUGGUCCAAAUGAUAUCAUGAUGGUCCUGGAAGGCCAGCUUGUAAUGACGAAUGCCCUUGAAACAAUCAACGAAAAGUUUGUUUCCGAAGGGGCAAUCUUAACGUAUGGGUCCUAUGACGACAAGAAUGCGGACCCCAGCUCCGACAUUGACAGAGACUUUUUUGAAUCGAACAAGUUUCAACCCCGCAAAAAGAAACCGAAAUGGUGCUUCGGGGGGCCGUGGAGUUUCAAAACCCACUUGCUCCAAGAUGUUUCCAUCCAGGAUUUCACCCACAAGAGCGGCGAAUGGUUGAUAGAACCGGCAAAUCGUGGCUACUUUCUCCGAAUGCUGGAUAGGGCAAAGAUGGAUCGGUUGGGAUUCAUCUCGCAGCCAAUCGCACGGCGAUAUGAACCCCUGCCGUCGAGGGAGUCCCAUGCCCAUUUCAAGCAGAUCAUGAGCCUGGAAUCCUCUUCUCGAUGGAACAGCCCAACGACGAUGAUUAUGUUGCAACCCAGAAGCGCUGAUUUACUGAGUCGGCAGCUGGAGUGGCUUCAGGGUCAGACAAUCGCUCAGAAGAGAAUGAUCAAACUUCACCUGCUGAAGGAGAAUACCGAUGACUCUACUUGGGUGGAUGACACUGUCGAAAGUUUCAAGCAAACCCAGAAGGCGCGUUUCAAUGGCUAUCAAACAAUGCGUGUAACUGUCGCGAGCACUGAGGGCCAAUUGAACACGUUUGCAAGGUUUCAUUACGUUCGAACUCUUCGAUCACAAGAAAAGCUGGACACCGUCAUCUUUCUAGACAACGACCAGUACUGGUCAUCAAGUUUCAUCGAGAUUCUAAAGAAGAAACACCAACCGAAGACGAUCACCGCUUGGUACGGCAAGACCUUCACUAGACACCACGAGAAAACUGGCGUCGCAGAGUUGACGAACUCAAAGCUGACGGAGAAACAUUUAGCUGCAGGAACCUUUUCCAAAGGAGAAAAGGAGAUCUCAUUCACCGUUAGUCAGCUCGGUGGAGUCAUUUUCGACUCGAACCUAUGGCUGAUGGAUCAUCUGUUUCAAUUUGAAGAGAACUUUAGAGAUUACGCGGACGCCGAUGCCGUAUGGGUAGCUUUUGUCAUGGAUGCGUUGCUCGGGUGGGACCAACGAAGACUUUUUGCGUCCAUGCCGCCAUUGGUUUCCCUCUCCAGAUGUGAAAGAGACCUCGAAUAUAAGGCUAGGUUUUGUUCUCGAUUGCCGCAAGAUGUCGAGCAUUUCCUGCCUGCUGAAACCGCUGACGUUGGAAGCAGUGAACCUCCCGAAUCAGCAGUUGAGGCUUUGGAGUCUGACUUUUUUGCAAAACUCCAAACAGAAUUGCACUGGAACGUGAUUCGACCACAUUCACUCCCUCCAUUGAUUUCUGACGACGAGUUGUCAGGAGGUCCCAGGGAAGCAGGAAAUGGGGAUGAAAAGAGAAAGAGAGCUUUCGUAUGCAUCACUGGUCAACUUGAGCGAGUGGAGCUAGAGAACAAGAUCCGCAACGUGUUCCAGCCUCUUCAGAAAAUCGGAUGGAAGAUCGACCUGGCUCUUGCAUUGAGCGCCGGAGAGGCAAGAUUCACCAACACCAAUACGAAAAAAUCCAAUUUUCCUUUCUACACGAGUUUCGAACAAGCAGUGAGCGACCUCACAAAGCACAAAAUCAACGUAGUGACCCGAGACGGGCCGCACAAACCUUGGGCGAACCCGUCCGUGAGCAAAGACUAUGUAAAUAUCUUACACGGAGGGCAAAAACAUCACCGCAGCUACGAGGAUCAAAUCGUUAGAGCCAAGAACCACAUGAGAAUCUUCGACAGUUAUCACAAGUGCUUGGAACACGCCGAUGCCGCAGCUGCCAAGGCAUCAAGUACACUCGAAGCCUACUAUGAUGCGAUUAUCAGGAUUCGUGAAGACAUCGGUUUCAAGGCCCCUCUUGAUGGCACAAAAUCAAAACGAAAGGCGCUCUUCGAUGUUACUUUUCCACCUCCCCAGGGAAGCAUCAUUGUCACAAAAUGCCGCAGCUGGCUUGGCAUGAACGACCGAUUUGCCAUUGUCGCUCCCGAUAUUGCACGAGCGUACUUUCAGCGACCACUGGAUAUUAUGCGUCAGGGCAAGGUUUAUGACCCUCAUGCAGUUCGCAACCCAGAGUCGCUUCUACUCUAUAUAUACAGCCUUGUAAAGUUCAAAGUGCUGGGACAUCAAGACUUGCAUGGGUUGCGACGGAUGUACAAGAAGGCGAAUGGAGAAGCCGUGUUCAAUAAAGAUGAUACUAGUUCGUUUGAAAGGUGCCCAAAGCCAGAGCCCUACCGUGAGAGGUUUCGGCAGCUAUAUGGCUGGGCUCUUUAA